AUGAAAGUUGAAGAAGCCUUUACUUUUUUCCCAUUUGUUGAUGAAGCAAUAAUAAUCCAAGGCUGUGCCAAUCUGAUCCAAGUGGCAUCAGUUGGAAAUAUCAUUCUCUACAUGUCCACUGUGCAACCAGGAAUUAUCUCUGUUGACAAUGCCACUCAGCACCUUAUUGGACCUGGUAUACAUCAAAUGACCAUUCAUGUUUUCAAUAAUCUGACAUUGAAACAGACAUCUCAGAAUAUUACCAUUCAUUUAAUGGAGCUGCUUGUUGGUCUAGAAGUCACGUUAGGCUCAAUUAUUCUAGCACCAUUGAAUGAUCUUCCAGUAAGUGUCACAAUAUUAGAUGGUGGUCCAGUGAAGAGAGGGUUUGAACAAUCAACUGUGAAUGUAAAUGCCAAUGCUGCAGUGAGAUACUCAAAAGACAAAGAGAAGGAUUACAAAAUUCUAAUGAAUUCCAAAGGCCCUCGCAAAAGGAAACAUAGAUUAAGGAGGGCCCCCGGAGGAUUCAGACCAUUUGCGCCGGUUCAGAUGACAGAAGACUUAAUGGUGAACUUCUCCUAUGCAAUAAGAAGUGCAGGUGAUUUGAUAAAAUUAGAGCAAGCAUCUGCAUUUCUGGAUCAUCUGACCAGUACCCGCAACAAUAAGAUAUUUGCAAUUCAGGUAAAAGCUAGCGAAGUGCUUCUGUCACUGUGUGCACAGUUGUUGUAUCUCCAAGAUAAAGGCGAUAACUCCUCAGAAAGAGUAGUCUCAGCUGCCAAUUCCCUAUUUCAUACAGCUAAUCAUUUGUUAGAAGCUAUGGAGUCAAAACCCGGAGCCAUCACCAGCACCAUCGAAAUGAUGAUGACAAUAGCAAGCAGAGUGAUCCAGUCUCUGGAGAAAAUACACACUGUGCUUUUGGCCAUGAUAAAGGAAGGGGAUAAACCAGUCAUCAAGCAAGGAUUGAAAGUUAGCAUGUAUUUGAGCAGGAACAGAUCAAGUGACUUGCCAAGAAGCACAAUUUCGACUCCAGGACCUGGCUGUGCUCGUUUUACUUUACCCUCUAAAAAUGCUUUAAAGCUCAUCGUAGAUGCAGACCCAGUGAUUCAAGUAAAAAUGAUGUGUUUUGAAUUCAAUCCAUUUGCAUCGUUUGGAGAAAAGCCUAUCCUGGGGCAUGUAGGUGGUUUGGCUCUGCUGUUCUCUAACAACACUGAAGUAGCAGUCUACAAUUUAUCAGAGAAUAUAGAGGUUACGCUUUUCAGGGAUAACGUAAGCAAAAUGUUCAUGAAAGAAUACAGGUCAUCUGGAAAUAGCUUGACCAUGGAACUCAAUGUCACUUCAGAUGAGGAUACUGUGGUAAUUCAUAUAAAUUCAGAAGAGACUUGCUCCCUACAGCUGUUCCUUGGCUUCCAAUACAUACCCAGUGAGACAAUGUUUCAGCUUCACACAAUGCUUCCCGUUCUAAGUACCGAUGGAGAUCAAGUAUGUACCUGGAUUCUGACUCCUAGAAUGCUAAAACAUGGAGAGGGAGCUUACUAUGUGAUGAUCACACCAUCAAAAACCUCACAGACAGAGGUUAUAAGUUACAAUGUCAGUGCCUUUACAACACAAUGUUUGUUCUGGACAGGGUAUAAAUGGUCAUCCAAUCAAUGUCAUGUUGGACUACAUUCAACUCCUGACCAAAGCCAUUGUCUUUGUAACCAUCUGACUUUUUUUGGCAGUACCUUCUUUGUUAUGCCCAAUAAACUGGAUUUGACACAAAUACCAGAACUGUUUACUCAAACUAGUCAAAACCCUGUGGUGGUGUCACUUGUGGCCGCUAUCUUUGGCAUUUACAUUAUUGUUCUAGUCUGGGCUCGAAUAAAAGAUAGAAGCGACUUAACCAAGGCAAAGGUAACAGUCCUAUUUGAUAAUGAUCCUCUCGCACAAUAUCGUUACCUGAUAAGAGUUCACACUGGUCACCGCAAAGGGUCAGCUACCACAGCAAAGGUUGUAAUUAUGCUCAGCGGCUCUGAGGGAGAUAGUGAUCCUCAUUUCCUGACUGACUCAGAGAAACCUGUCUUUGAAAGAGGGGGAGUUGAUGAAUUCCUUCUCACUACAUUCUUCCCACUGGGGGAUCUUCAGUCCAUAAGGUUAUGGCAUGACAAUUCAGGUUCCAGCCCUUCUUGGUAUGUGAAUCGUGUGACUGUUCUGGAUGUUGAAGCAGGCCAACAAUGGUACUUCAUCUGCAAUUCGUGGCUGGCGAUCGACAUAGAUGAAAACAUAGUCGACAAAAUCUUCCUUGCAGCCUCUGACGUGGAGCUGAAGAGUUUCAAAAACUUGUUCUUCUUGAAGACAGCUGAAAGCCUUACGGAUGGACAUAUCUGGUUUUCAGUGGUUGAGCGCCCCACUAGAAGUUUCUUCACCCGAGUUCAACGAGUUUCCUGCUGCUUUUCACUGCUGCUUGGUUCAAUGCUGACCAACAUCAUGUUCUGGGGCACAUCACCUGAUGAGUCCACUCAGCACACAACACUGGGAGAUUUCAGUUUCUUCCUCCAGGAGUUCAUGAUUGGGGUCGAGAGUGCGUUCAUCAUGUUUCCCAUCAAUCUGGGAAUUGUACAGAUAUUCAGGUCCAUUCGCCACAGACCAAAUGAGACAAAGACAUUGGAAUGGCACCUUGCCUCUCCCAAAGAGCAACCCGACUCUCCUAAAGUGCAGCUUAUCUCUCCCAAGGGGCACCUGACCUCCUCCAAUGGUUUCCCAGGUCCAUAUACGAAGUGGUACCCUACCUCUCCAAAAAGGAUGCUUGAGAUGCAGCAAGAGGCAGGGGAACACCAGGCAGAGAUGUCAGAGGCAUUCAGCAGAGUGGCACGUGAGGUGGAGGAGUCCGUCCACCUGCUGUCUGCUGAAGUGGAAUACACAAAGUCAUCUCUGCAUUGCUCUGAGAUAAGUUAUCCAAGAUAUGCGAAAACCAAUGAAUACAUAACAUAUUCCGAUAUUAAGAAAAUCAUCAGCCAUAUUUCCAGGACACGGAUGGAUGGUGUAUCUGCAUUAGAAGAAGAGGUCAAUAAUACCAGUGAUAUCAAUCAACUUUUAGUUCUAUUGGCCAAUAUUCUUCAAAUUAGUAUGGAGCAACACAAUAUGAGUGGGAAUGGAGAUACAACCGAAAAUCCCAUGACUGAUUUGAGGAAUCUGAGAUUUGAAAAGCGACAAUUCUGCCUAUACACAUUAUUGGAACAAGUGCAAGAGAAUUUAAAUCAGAUGGGUAUAAGCAAAUUCCAGAACCCUUACAGUCAAAUACAUGCUGUUGAUCAGGGUAAUAAUAUGACCACUGAGCUGGACCUCCGACUAGUGUUGGAAAGUGCUGGCCCGCAGAAAUUAGAAGAAAUAAACAUCUACUUACCUGGUCUUGAUAAUUACGUUGCCACUUCUGUUCACCGGAGCUGUUUGGGGCCUGCAUCGAAAAAUUCCUCGCGGGCCCCAGCAAAGUGUAGCACCAGUAUAUUCAAGGAGGCCGCUUUAUGUGCUGCUGCCUUUAUCGCUUUGUUUGUGAGGAAAGUAGAUCAUCAGCAUGUUAAUGAAGAGACUUUCCACCUGGCAUCAGGGGAACCUAACAAAGCUUUACAGACAGACCGAAGUAGUAAAAUUUACCAGCCACCAACAGUUCAAUUUGUGGAACAGCUAAAAGAGAUGAAAAGAAAAGAGAAGAAAAUGUAUGCUAUGAUCCAGAAGAUUCUGGUUCACUUGGUGUUUCUCUCCUUGUUGCUAACCAUCUCAUAUGGAGAGAAAAAUCCCAAUGCAUUCUAUCUUAACAGAGCCAUUAACCAGACAUUCACCCCUUCCUUCAGUGAUAUCCGAAUCAUUGAUGACUUUUAUACCUGGGCCAGCAAAUUGUUAUUACCCAACUUAUAUGGAAGUUAUAACGGAUUCAUUACUGAUGGGUACUCAAAACUACUUGGAAGCCCCCGCAUUCGACAACUGAGAGUCAAGAAACAUGAUUGUCCUGCAAAGAAGACAUUGAAAAGCAUUGUUAAAAAAUGUGAAGUCCCAUAUUCAUUUGAUGAGGAGGAUAUGUCAAACUAUGGAGAGCAAUGGACAAACAAUAUAUCUGUACAGGUCUCAAAUCUCAGUUAUAUUUGGGAAUACCAACCAAGAUUACAGAAGUAUCCGUUUUGGAGAAAUCUUGCUUUAUACAGAGGAAGUGGCUAUGUGGCUGACCUGACUACAGAUAAAUAUAAUGCAUCCAGGAUUGUUAAAUAUAUAGCUGAAAGCAAUUGGUUAGACAGUUACACUAGAGCAAUCUUUGUGGAGUUCACGGUCUAUAAUGCAAAUGUAAAUCUAUUCUGUUUAACCACACUGACACUGGAGACAAAUGGUAUAGGAGCCUUCAUUCCCUCUGCAGACGUGGAGAGUAUACAGCUGGUCCAGAACAGAGACAUUACGAUUCUGUUUGCUGCAGUAAAGAUUGCGUAUAUGCUUUUUGUUGUUUAUUAUAUGGUGCUACAGGGAAAGCUCCUCAGAGAGAAGAAUUGGAAAUAUUUCAAGGAUAAGCAUAACCUGAUGGAAGUAUCCAUUAUCCUCUGCAGUUGGAGUGCCUUUGCGCUGUUUCUGAAACGAUUAGCAUUUGAAAGUGAAACUCUAGAUGAUUAUGUCAAAAAUCCUCAAAGAUUUGUUAGUUUCCAUGGGUUGAUGAGCAUAAAUUCUGCUCUUAAUUAUGUCAUUGCUGUAUUGGUGGCACUGACCACAGUGAAGCUUUGGCAUCUGCUGCAUCUGAACCCGAAGCUGCAUCUGUUCACAUCUGCAAUGCGGAGAGCCUGGGGGGAGCUCAGAGGUUUAUUUGUUAUCCUAGUACUGCUGCUUGUGGCCUACUCCAGUGUGUCCUAUGUGAUGUUGGGUUCGAACAUAUCCUCUUACAGUACAUUCUUCAAGGCCGUUGCAAAAAUACUCUAUCUUCAGCUUGGGAUCUUCAAUUAUAAUGAGGUAUUAGAGCUUUAUCCCACUGCAGGUGCAAUUAUUAUUGCUACGUCCAUCAUCUCUAUGACGUUUGUGGUCUUAAACCUCUUUCUAUCAGUAAUUCUGGUAUCCUUCACAGACGAGCCUCAUUCUCCACUACCACCUGAAGAUCAGGAAGUAAUUGACCUGCUGGUGAAGAAACUUUGUUGCUUCUUUGGAAUUCAAGGCAGUGAGAAGUCCUCUCAGCAGAAAAAAGCAGACUAAAAUAUCAUAGAACAAGAAAUGGAUGUUUGGACUAUCAAGCUUGCUCAUUUUGUAAUCUAAUUCUCAACUCCACAUGCUUAGUCCCCUGAGAGAAACUUCUACGUAAAUACUCCCACCCCUCAAAGGGAGAAAAAAAAUGAAAACCGCUGAACGCAACAAUUCUCAAAAAUCUUUCAUUAAAUCCUGCUUGCUGGCUUUCAAAGACAACAUUCCCCCACCAGCAGCUUAGGACCAUUGUCUCCUUUUCAGUAUUUGAUCAUCUAAACCUAUACAUAUCCCUAGCAUGAUUACAGUGGAAUGUCCUAAUGUCCUGAUAGUUUCUCUUCAAAUGUAGCAUUAUUACCACUUCAAAAAAUAGAUUUACGAACACUAGUAAAAAUAAGGAAAAAAAUGCCAUUCUCUUUUUAAGCUUAUUAUUGAUAAACCUUUGCAUUAUAGUGGAACUGCUUUGGUAAAUCAAGAAAUUAGUAGUAUAGGUGCUUUUAUAUUGGCAUUUUUUUUUUAGUUUGGAUUCCAAGAAAACAAUAUCUGGACACAGGGAUGGACUGGCUUCAGGAACAGGAAUGAGAUCCUUUGUGAUUUUCAUGGGAUAAAGGGUGACAAUAUUACAGAGCUGGUACAGAACCAUUCGUGGAGGCACACAGGAUACCUCCCAAUUUCCCAUAUAGACAAUCCACCUGCCUGUGCAUGAGCUCCCUGCAUUUACACAGUCAUACCAAGCCCUCUUAAUCUAAUGACAUGAUCACAGACCUUCAAUUUCACUGGCCUUUGCUCCUUAUUCAAUUUCCAGGCAGAAUGAUUCUAAAUGCCUGGUUACACCUAAUUUGACCUGGUGUCAAGAAGGUAUAAUAAUUUUCAUAAUGUUAUUGGAAUUUAUUGUAGAGUAAUAGUGGGGUCUGUGUUUGUGUGUGUGGGACUUAAGUGAAUUAAAGGCAGCUGGUCUAAAGGCUUAGAUGUAUCAAAAGAGAAGCUAGGUUUGAAAUGUUAAAUUUGCAUUCAAAGGGGAAAUCUGUACAAAGGAGAUGAGGUUGUGUGUAGGAGAGAAGGGAUUCUACGGUCUAACAGAAGUGUGAAAAGCCUCCUGCAUCUAAGCCUCAAGCUGCUGUCUACAAGGAACGGAAGAUGAGAAAAACUCACUUUGAAUUCG